UGCCGUGAUUUUUCUAAUUCUAAUUUAACCUUUGUUAGCCUACUUGGGAAACAGCCAAGCACUUCCUCUGUCCAGUUAUAUAUAGAUCCAAUUUAUUGCAAACAAUAUGUGAAAGACAGUCAGUGAAGCAUGGAUGAAGCAAGAUUUGCAUGAGGCCCAUAUUAGGAUUGCUUAAUAGUCACCUUAUAUUGACCUUUAGGAUGAGGAAACUGACCUCAUCUGUCAAUUUUAUACCAUCAACCGCCUUCACACUAUUUUACAGCUACAUCAACGAUAAAGGUCAGCAUUACAUCCCCGGUUCCAAAAUACCAAGCAGCAAAGGUUAAUCAAUCCCCUGAAUAAAGAGUGUGUGCGUGUGUUGUGAGACAAUGUAUUUGUGUGUGUACGCGCACGCGUGCGUGCGUGUGUGUUUGUAUGGACAGGAACCAGGCGCGGAGCAGGGAUAGAGUUUCUCCCAGUAAGAGAUCUCUUUGACCGCCAUAGAUUCUGUUUCUCCUCCCGUGACUCACUUCACUCCACCAAGAGGAAUAACUAUUUGCAUUAUUUUCCCAUGAUUUGUUUCGUCUUUUCUUAACUUAAAAUAAACUCAUGGUGGUGGGGUGGUGCGCUGCGCGGUCGCUGCCCGGCGUCGUGUUACCUUCCUCGGGACACCAUGGUCUCCUAAGAUGCCUUCCCUGUGGAAACGGAUAACGUUCUCGGUGGCCUCGGUCCUCUGUGUCGGCUCAGUGGUCCUCCUGGUCGUGGCCCUGUCCACGGAGCGCUGGGUCACCGGGAGGAUCCUGUGUAAAACCGGGGCUGAGAUAGUGAACGCGUCCCACCCGGAGAUGGAGCAGUUCAUCGGGAACAUCUACUACGGUUUAUUCCAGGGAGGGAAGAGCAAGAAGUGCGGGCUCGGGACGAGGAGAUCCAAAAUAUUCAUUUUCCCAAAACUUGUGCGAACGUUGAAUGGCGGUCUUCACAUGAUGGUGAUCCUCUUCUUGUUUGUGGCCAUUGGCUUCGCUUUGGUCAGUUUAUUUUUCUGUAUUUUCAAUGCACGGAAGGUUCCCUACCAGAGCAUUAAGGGCCACAAAGGACUCUACCUUUGGAACCUAAUUGCUGCUCUUUUUGGAGCCCUGGGUGUUUUGUGUUUCCUGGCAGCCAUGAGAUGCCACAGUCUGACUGAACGGGUGGCAAACUACAAGGAGAAUCUCUUCGUUCUUGUUGUGCUGGACGACAGCCUGGACUGGUCUUUCUGGCUGGGAGUGAGCAGUAUUGCCACACACUUCGCUGUAUGUGGAGUGGUUGCCAUGAGUCGCAUCAAGUUGCCCAAACCAGAGAUCAAGAAACCUGAAGAACCCACGAUCUCUGCCCUGGACCUGCUCUACUGAAAAACUAAACAACGCUUCAAGUACAGACUUAUUGUUGACUUGUGGUAAUUUUGACUGAACUACACACAAACUGAAAAGACGAGUCACUUGAAACCGCUCUCUAAGACUACAGGACUUGUCAUCCAUUGUAUCAUUUUAUAAUAUAUAACAUAAAAAAUAUAUUCUAAAGA